AUGAACUACAAGAAUAUCUUUCGCAAUAUGUAUUUAUUCCUCCGACGUGCGCAUUAUAUCAUUCCUCGGAAGAUGCUGCACAAUCAGCUGGCGCGAUAUAUCAGUCUAACACACUCAACAUUACGAACGAGCAAUAAGGAUACGGCUAUCGUAUCAAACCAAGAGGUCAAAGGGACAAGCAUGGCUGAAACAUCAAACUCCAAGGAGAUCCAGCAGAACUCUACUCAUUUCGCCAAAAAGACUGUCAAACAACUGGAUGAGGAACUAAGGCUGAAGAUGGAGGGUUUAUCCGGGGAGGGGGGCUCGGCCGGCGUGGAAUAUGAGAAUGGAAAAGCUGAAGGCCUGAGGAGGGGCGUUAAAGCAAAUAUGUUCAGAGUCAUAUAA